CCAACCCUUGGGGUUAUUCUCACGGCUGAUCCCGAAUCAGACAAGGCACACGUUGUUUCUCUCCAAACAAGGGGAUUAUGGAAGACAAACACAGGAAAGGCACCCUGCAAGAACUGAUCGAAACAGGCAGGUCAGCAGAAAAAGCUUUCUUUGAGAACUUACAGGCAAGAGGAAAGAUCCUUCAAUCUGCCAAAACUCAGAACACCUCGCAAGGCACCAAGGACUCCCAGAAACCACAAAAGGAAAACACAACCAAUGGAUCAAACAAGAAGCUCAAAAGAAAAGUGAAUCAACCCUCCCCAAACUCUCCGGCACUCAGCACAUCACAAGACAAAUGCAGCAAGCUUAGAGGCCCUGACACAGCAACGGAAGAGAUGGAAGCUGAUACGGACGAAGGUCAGGGAGACAACGUGGAGGGGACAGUGAAGGACGCAGCCAACAACGGGAAAAAACAGCGAGGGACUAAGGAAGGAGGCAGCAAAGAAGGCGAAGAAAUGAUGAGGGAAGGAGAUGACACAGACAUACCAGAAGGAAGUAGAGAACAACGAAAGGGAGAAGGAAAAGAGGAAGAGGACGAAGAGAAAACAGAUGACAACAUGUCGCAAGACUCAGAGGAGGGAGACUCACACAUGGGUACGGACCAAGACGCAACAGAUGUAACAGGCGAAGAAGAUGAGGAGGACUCGCUCAACUGGCUUGCAAAAUAUGUCAAGGGGCUGGAAAGAGAAAGAGAAAUUGAAUUUGAAAUCAGGAUCGCGCACAAAAAACACAUAUUCAAUCUGCAGAACUUCAACCCAACACAGCAAGCAUUGAGCACUCUGUUCCCCACAGACAACCAAUAUGAAAUCCUAAAAAAGGAACAGGAACUGUCAGAUUUUUUUGCUGAAUGCUACGGCGCCAAACUGGCGGAGGCGACCAAUCAAGGGUCUCACACACCGAACAGCUGGAACUGGCCCAAAUCUUACAACAAUACAGACUCCCAAAAAUCGAGCAAAAGGCGCAAAGGAGGAAGAGGGAAUGCAGAAUCGAUCCCAACUACGAGUUCCCAAGACUCAGGGGACGCAGAGGAUGGAGAGAACAAGCCACUGGAGGAUAAGGAAGACCUUGACAGACAGAAGGAGAUCCUCAAAGCACAAAUCACGGUGCUAGGAGACCAGAACAGGGAAACAUCCGACAUGGCAAUCAAUCUGCAAAAAUUGGCAGGGGGACAAAACGCAGAAAAAUUCACAGCUGCCAAGCUCGAAGCCAAAAGUGGCUGCAGGAAAAGGGCGAUAAUCCCCUACAGAUGGAACACAGAUCAUGGGGAUUGGGAAGUAGCAGUCAACAAAUCAUGGGCCCUCAUUGCAGUGGUCAAACCGAGCAAAAGUGCCCUGACAAACAACUUAUCAGGGGAUGCCCCCAUGAGCGCCCACAUUCUAGGGUCAUGGAAGGAUUGGACAGAGGAGUGGAUCGGCUCAACAGGAGAUAUGAUGAUCAGUGAUUUCAGACCAUACAUGGUUCAGUACUCAAUGGAUGCAAAGAUCAAAGAACAUCUCACAUGGAAACCGUGGAAGGUAAUACAAGCAAUUCCCUACGGCCUCCUAGGCGGAGAUAUCCCAGCAGAAAGAGCAGCGGUUGCAGCCUCACUGGCGGAAGGUCAUGGACUCUUUGCAGACAAGCAAGAGCACCUGGCUCACACACUUCAGGUGGGGGCCCGAGUAGUUAAAAUCCACCGCGCAGAGCCCUUCGGAUCCCCCAACUAAUUUACCACCACAGAGAGAGAUAAGGCUGAAGUCAUAGCCAUCCCUCCAUGACAUCACCCAACCACACAACCAGGCCAAUGGAGACACUUCACCCUUAAGCCGAGUGAGCCUGAGUUGACAAUGAUGUCAUGGAAUGUCAACGGCUUAGCAACAGUCUUAACUAAUUAACAAAAAUGGGACAACAUAACCAACUACCUCAAGUGGUUCUCAAGAAGCCCACUGGACAUCAUAUGCCUACAAGAAACUCACCUAUCCAACUCAGUAGAACAUCAGGCAAUGAUCAACAAAAUACAGACAAGAUU